GUUGUUCUUUACUUUGUAGCUUGUCCCUUCUCUGUCCGGAAUACAGAAGCUCCGUGAGUUGUUCAGGAGACGGCCAUUUCUGCCGCAGGCGAAGUUGAAUUUUUUUCUUCUGUUGUUGUUCUUCUUCUACGCCAUGAUCAUUCGGUGUCGGUCUUGAGAUAGGGCUGCUGCUUGCUGAUGUUAAUCAGAUAUGGCAUGAACGCUCGUCUCCCUCUAUACAAUUCUGCCAAAGGUUGCGUCUUUGCUUCGUCUUCCGUUUUGCGGAGGCAGCAGUUCCUGAUAAGGACUCUGGGAGGUUGCAACAGUCAGUCUUAUCAGCAGAGAGUGGGAGGAAUCAGGUCAAUGGCUGCCAGUGGUAUAGAAGCUGAUGCUGACAGCAUCUUGAGGGCGAUUACGCCGGUCCUUGAAUCGACAAAGCACAAAGGCCAGGCUGGGAAGAUUGCUGUUGUUGGUGGCUGUCGUGAGUACACUGGAGCUCCUUAUUUUGCAGCUAUUUCAGCUUUAAAAAUUGGUGCAGAUUUAUCACAUGUUUUCUGCACCAGAGAUGCUGCGCCAGUCAUAAAAGGUUAUAGUCCAGAACUGAUUGUGCACCCAAUAUUAGAAGAAUCUUACAAUGUCAGGGAUGAAGACAAAAGUAACAUCAAAGACAGGGUUCUUGCUGAGAUUGAUAAGUGGCUAGAAAGAUUUGAUUGUCUCGUAGUAGGCCCUGGUCUUGGAAGAGACCCGUUUCUUCUGGACUGUGUUAGUGAUAUCAUUAAGCAUGCAAGACAGUCAAAUGUUCCAAUCGUCGUGGACGGGGAUGGGCUCUUUCUUGUUACCAACCAUCUUGAUGUUGUCAGUGGUUAUCCCUUAGCAGUUCUGACCCCAAAUGUGAAUGAAUAUAAGCGCCUAGUUAGUAAGGUGCUCAAUGCUGAAGUAAUUGAUCCCGGUGCUCAUCAACAAGUGCAAUUACUUGCCAAAAGGAUUGGCGGUGUUACUAUCUUAAGGAAGGGAAAGUCUGACCUGAUGAGUGACGGUGAUACAGUUAAGUCGGUGAGUAUUUAUGGUUCACCUCGCCGCUGUGGUGGCCAGGGGGACAUACUCUCUGGGAGUGUUGCAGUGUUCUUAUCUUGGGCCCGACAACAUGGUAAAGCAGCUGAAACAGAUCCAAGAAUCAGCCAAAUGAACCCGACGUUGUUGGGUUGCAUUGCUGCAUCUGCUUUACUGAGGAAGGCUGCUGGAAUCGCCUUCGAGAGUAAGAGAAGAUCGACCCUCACUGGUGAUAUCAUCGAGUGCUUGGGAAGAAGCUUGGAGGAAAUCUGUCCAGUAUAUCCAUCUUCUUGAUGCUCUUUGGACUUCUUCAAGGACUUUGUAUCGACACUGGCUUGCCGCCUUUUGCCCAAAUAAGAUCCCGUCUCUUUACUUCAUCGACCCGUGUAAUGUACAGAAAAGAGCACUCCUUGUAACAUUUUCGAAUAGUUCGGUAGUUCGCUCUUCUAUAUCAAAAGCUUAAUAUUGGUUAAUGAUAAAA